GAGGCUUUCUCCGCCUCCUCGAACUUCGCGCUCAACAUACCUUGCCGCCUGUGUAAGGACACUGCUUUGUCGCGUUCCUGCACGGCUCAACACCCUUGACACCACACCAAGCUGCUUAGGACCCAGGCCUGUUUCACAAGGGCCUUGACGACAACCCCCUCCCCCCCCUCUCACCCCCUCUUCGAAUUCCCCUGUAUGGACUGCGGGAGUUCAGGUACGGCUGCGGGGAUCGACCCCAAAAUUCUCGAUAGCUGGCAAACGGACGCAGCUUUCUCGAUACCAUGGGAGCAUUCGGGAUACGAACAACCGUUGGAUUGGGACACGAGUCAGGAUUCGAACGAGGGUGAUACGGAUUUUGUGGAUUUGAAUAGACAGUCUUCCCUGGUAGGACAGACUAGCGGUUAUCAUAGCGAUGAUAGCAGCAAACCAGGAACCACGACUACGUCGCCAGAGAAGUUCGGUCUAGCCGAUGGCAUGGCUGAAGGCACCGUCAGCAGCACCGUCAGCCCAAGGACGCUGCCGUCUGCUGAUGAUAACUUCCAUCUGGAUGACUCCUGGCCGCACUUCCAACUGUUCAACAAUAUGACGGCAGGCAUCUCGAUGGAAGCGCCCGCUCUUUUCCCGUACGCUAAGGGGGCCCCUAACUCUACGAAUACGUUUAUCGUAGAAGAUCCGAGUGGGCUCCCCCAGGGGCAGGCGUUUACCGACAUUACCCCGGAGCAGUUUCUCUCCUUCCAGAAUAUCCCAGAGGUGUUCCCAUUUACCACAACCGAAACUUGGGCUGAGCCAAUAUCGACCUCAACCGAAAAUGCCCCUAACGAAAUCCCCGCGUCGCUUGCUAUGGAGGCGCCACAGGUCAACAAGGCUGCAAAUCAGUUACGCGCCGUCCAAAAUUCUAUGCAGUCCCUCGAAACCCGCUGGCUUGACGGUCUGGAAUCUCAACUUCCUUCUAAUAUGGCUUCGCCUUCCUCUCUAUCUACUGUUCCACGGGGCCCCGUGUUCUUCAAGGACGAACCAAAGGCCCAGAACGUGUUCCAGUACAAAUCCGAGAGCCCUUCCGGAGAUUUAUCUGGGGUUUACGAAUACCCUUACUCCACAACAAGCGAGGACGUUCCAGCUUUUGCAGAGCGACAAUUGGAGGAGGUAGAUGAGGAGAGCCUAUGGAAAGAGUCGCAAAGCGAUGAGUCGUCCUCAGAAAUCCAACAACAAUCUCAGCCUGCGGCUGGUUGCAUUGUCAAUGAAGACGCGCCAGAGUCGUUUUUCCCUUCCAUACCAUCUAGGCCCAAGGCGUCCGCUUUCGGACCGCAGCGAACAGCUGCUAGAACGCAGAGCCUCACAGUUCAAUCGGCAGCGACAAUCAAGAAGCGAAAGAAGCGCAACUCAAUUUUCGCUCUAGAGAGUGACCCAAAGCCGCUGCAAAUCGUACAGGAAGACGGCCAAGGAGGCUCAAUUGCCUCUGCAGACUUUGUUUCCCCCCCUCGAGGCGCUCGUCGCAAGGGACCCUUGACGAUGGCUGGAAGGGCCAACGCUGGACUACGAAGGAAGAACAAGGAUACCUGUGUUCAGUGCCGUUUGAAUAAGCGAAAGUGUGAUGGCAACGCUCCUUGCGAUGCUUGCCGUCCUACGCUUCAUGAGCAGCCAUGUGCGCGAGCUUGUUUCUCGAGCAUUGUUGAGUAUGGAACAUGCAACUACAUCUCUCAACGAGCCAUCAACCAUCCUACGCUGGAUCGAUCUGGACGAGUCCGGUUGGACAUUCCUUCCGAAUUUGACUUGAACGACUUGCUUUCCUUCCUCAGCGAGCGGCAAGGAAAAUUCAACAUCCGCGCCAGCCAAUCAUGGGGCUCGCUCUAUAUUCUUGACUUGGGAGAAACUUACAAGUUUCUACGAAGCCUAAGCGAGUACAAUGGCAAUUCACGGUCAAAUUUCUUGGAAUUCAUCGAUCGCCGCAUUAUUGAAUCGAAGGAUAAAUCAAAGAAUUGGUUAACAUGCGUCAAGGACUGCGAUCCGAUGAAAAACAUUUAUACCCUACUAUCGCAGUGGAAUAAUAUGCCAAGUCGCGCGAGCUACAGUUUUGUGCCUCUCGAUGCCGGCGCUCAGGAAAAGCCUAUGGACGUCCAUAACCCGGAUGAUCAGCGUGAGAUCCUGCUGGCAGCGCAGCUGUCCCGAAUUUUUUGCCGUAUGCUCGAGGUCGAGGGAUUCCGGAAACUCGAGCGGGAUUUUUACAACAUCAAGUGGAAGCAAAUAUCUCAGGAAACACAUAUGGGCUUCCUGAAGGAGCUAGGACACAUCCUUCUCACUCUGCGCUGGCGAGUCUCCUGGUGGAAUCGUCUCGGUGAUGGUGGUGCAGCGCCUGACCCAAGCAAGCAACAUUACGUCGACAGAGUGAACCUGCUCUGCAGGAUUCUCUACGUCUACUACACUUGCGUGCUAGCGAAGUUACCUUCUUGGUGUGCGUCGGAGGUACCGAAGGGAGUUUGGUCUACCUACGCUGAUGCCGAAAGUCCUGUCUGGGAUGACUUCCCGAUCGACCCAACCGAUGAAGGAUUCAAGAAGUGGAUCGAACGAGGAACUGAGCUCAUCGAACAAUCCGGUGCCCCUAUCCGAGUCGCGAAAAUCUAAGCCUUACACCUGGCAUGACACACCUAAACGAGGGGUUAAGGUUAAAAAUAAAAGUCUGGGCGGCGGAGUGGAAUAGCUGAUAUUUAAGAUACCCUUGCAGCGUCUUGUUAUGUUUCACUCCUCUUUUGCUCCGGCUACGAGUGAUGACUUACUACGUUUUUCUAUUGUAUAUUCCGUUAUAAUUUUUUGACUUUAAUUUGCGCUGGUUGCAGAUUUUUCAAGCAUAGAUAGCAGUCACUAUAUAUAGCUUGAAUUUUACUGAGUCUAAUUUAGCUACUCCUCUCUCU